CGUCAUGUCGUAAUCGAAGCGGAAGUCAGCGGAACGAGGAAGUCAUCAAGAUUUUUGCAUAUAGAAAGUUAGCUUUAAUAUGACAUAGAAACGAUAAGCGAGCAGAACAAAAUGAAGUUUGGUGCUACUCUGCAGCAGCCCAAAUCCCAUGAUGCAUUGCUUCGGCUGCAGGAUGCUGAAGUGCGUCUGCUGGAGAGCAUGCGCAAGAGUAUAGAAAUGCGGAUAAAGAGUGACAAAAGCUAUGCCAACGGACUGGGAGAGAUGGUCAAACAGGCUCAGAGACUGGACAAUGCCGAAUUCAGUAACCCGAUAUUUGAGGUAUGGGGAGAGAUAAUCAAGAAAACUGAAGAUAUAGCCUCACGUGUAAGGCAGAAUGCUGAAGACAUGUCUUCUAAGACAGUUGAAAAGUUGAGCUUGCUGAUCAAUGAAAAAAAAGCAUCGAGAAAAAUGUUAGCAGAGGAGAGACAGAGGCUGGACGCAGAGUUAGCAGCAUCAAAAAGGGAGGUGGAGACACAGAAGUCAGAAUAUGCAAAACUGGUCGACAAAUUGAAGACAGAAAGAGCAAAGUAUGAAGACUUGUACAACAAAAGUAAAGGUGGCAGUAAGUUUGAAGAAGCCAAGAGCAAAGUUCUCAAGACUUGCACCAGGCUUCACAAGACACACAACCAGUACGUGGUGGCCAUACAUGACUACAACCAGCAGCACUCUGCCUACCUGAGGACCACCCUGCCUGGCCUGCUGAACUACCACCAGGCUAUACAGGAAGAUAUGGUUGAACAGUGUAAGGACAUUUUGCUAGAGUAUACCCUAUUAGCAAGUACAUGUUCAGAGGACUUUAUAGCAAAUCAGAAAGACAUAGAUGUGGCUGUUAACAGGAUAAAUCAUCUUACAGAAUAUGAUGGAUUCCUGGAGAAAUACAAAGACAGUCAAAUUGAAGAAGACACUGUUGUGUUUGAUGAAGGCUUAUUAGAAGACUACAGUGGAACAUUACAGAAGGAUAAAAUAGCUGUUGAUGAUCUCAAUUUGGAGAGUGUUGAGCACAGGUAA